AUGGGGGCGAGCAGCGACCCGAACCAAGACGGUUCCGACGAGCAGCAGCGCCGCUCCGAGAUCUACACCUACGAGGCCCCGUGGCACAUCUACGCCAUGAACUGGAGCGUGCGCAAGGACAAGAAGUACCGCCUCGCCAUUGCCAGCCUCCUCGAGCAGUACCCCAACCGCGUCGAGAUCGUGCAGCUCGACGACUCCACCGGCGAGAUCCGUCCCGACCCGGCCCUUUCCUUCGACCACCCCUACCCGCCCACCAAGCUCAUAUUCGUCCCUGACAAGGAGUGCCAGCGCCCCGAUUUGCUCGCCUCCUCCUCCGACUUCCUACGCCUCUGGCAGAUCUCCGAUUCCGACGCCGGCCGCCGCGUGGAGCUCAAGAGCCUGCUCAACAACAACCGGAACAGCGAGUUCUCGGGCCCGCUCACCUCGUUCGACUGGAACGAAGCCGAGCCGCGGCGGAUCGGCACCUCCAGCAUCGACACCACCUGCACCAUCUGGGACAUCGAGAAGGAGGUCGUGGACACGCAGCUGAUUGCACACGAUAAGGAGGUUUACGACAUAGCCUGGGGAGGUGUUGGGGUUUUCGCAUCUGUCUCAGCCGAUGGUUCAGUUAGGGUUUUCGAUUUGAGGGAUAAGGAGCACUCGACCAUAAUCUACGAGAGCUCGGAGCCCGACACGCCAUUGGUGAGGCUCGGCUGGAAUAAGCAGGACCCGAGGUACAUGGCUACAAUCAUAAUGGACAGCAGCAAGAUUGUUGUGCUCGAUAUUCGCUUCCCUACACUACCUGUGGUGGAGCUGCAGCGGCACCAGGCAAGUGCCAAUGCCAUCGCGUGGGCCCCACACAGCUCAUGCCACAUUUGCACGGCUGGAGAUGAUUCACAGGCUCUGAUAUGGGACCUCUCAUCCAUGGCCCAGCCCGUGGAAGGUGGGCUCGACCCAAUUCUGGCCUACACGGCAGGGGCGGAGAUCGAGCAGUUGCAGUGGUCAUCUUCGCAGCCCGAUUGGGUGGCGAUUGCAUUCUCGAACAAGCUGCAAAUUCUGAGGGUAUGA